AUGGGAGAAUAUGAGCCUAAAAUCGAGGUGCAUUUCCCCCAGUCUGUCCUGGCUGCCAGAGGAGUCACCGUUAGUCUGGAGUGUUUCGCCCUGGGGAAUCCCGUCCCAACCAUAACGUGGAGGAAGAUGAAUGGUAACAUCCCUAAGAAGGCUCGUCUGAGGAAGUCCCAGGCUGUUCUGGAGAUCCCUAAUGUACAGCUUGAGGACACUGGGACCUAUGAAUGUAAAGCGGAGAACCCCAGGGGAGGAACAGCCUUCAAGGGACACAUCCAGAUCUACACCUUCCCCCAGUGGAUCAGCACGAUAAACGACAGCCAGUUGGACAGUGGAGAUCAGCUGCACUGGGAGUGCAAGGCCACAGGGAUCCCUAGACCCACCUACCGCUGGCUCCGCAAUGGAAAGUUGAUCACACCACAGAUCAGGGUGGAGAUGGUGAAUGGAGAGCUCAUUAUCCAGAAGGUCCAACAGGCUGACUCUGGGAUGUUCCAGUGUGUCGCUGAGAACAAAUACGGAGCCAUCUACUGCAGCGCAGAACUCAAGAUCUUAGCAUCGCCCCCUGUCUUCAGCCUUAACCCUGUCCGUCUGAUCGCCACGUUGGGGAAGGACGUGUUGUUGGAGUGUAAACCCCGAGCAUCUCCCAAGCCUAGAGUAACAUGGAGGAGAGGAGACAGACGCAUUCAUCCCAGCAGAAGGAUAAUGUUAUUACGAAAUAACACUCUGAGGAUCAUCAACUCCAGUCGCUCUGACGAGGGGGACUAUGUAUGUCGAGCUGAGAAUCAGUUUGGUUCGGCUGAGAUGACGGCCAUGCUCCGGGUAAAAGAGGCCAUGCAUGUGGAAUUGAGCCCCUGCAAAGUGGAGGUGACGGUGGGGGAGAGCGUGGUGCUCAGCUGUAAGGUGUCACAUGACCCGUCUCUGGAAGUGGCCUUCCAGUGGCUCCUCAACCAGCAGCCCCUCAACUUCCAACAGGAGGGUGGACAUUUUGAAUACAUCCAAAGACAGUCCUCCACGGUGGACCUGAUGAUCAGAAGCAUCUUACUGCAGCAUGCUGGGAAAUACAGCUGCCGGGCUCAGACCAGCGCCGACACUUUGUUUGCUGAGGCUGAAGUCCUUGUCAGAGGCCCCCCAGGACCCCCUGGUGUGGUGAUAGUAGAGGAGAUCACAGACGCUACAGCCACCCUGUCGUGGAGUGGAGGGGUGGACAACCACAGCCCCAUCAGCAGCUACAAUCUCCAGGCCCGGAGCCCUUUUUCCCUGGGCUGGCAGACCCUCAGGACAGACCCAGAGCCAGUGACAGGGGACAUGGAGUCAGCCAUGGCUGUGGACCUGAACCCCUGGGUGGACUAUGAAUUCAGGGUGGUGGCCAGCAACGCUAUCGGGACAGGAGACCCCAGUGCCCCAUCCAGAGGGGUCCGGACUAAAGAAGCAGUCCCCUCGGUGGCCCCAGCUAACGUCAGUGGAGGGAACGGCCGCAGGCAUGAACUGGUCACCUCCUGGGAGCCUGUGUCUGAGGAGUUCCAGAAUGGCGAGGGCUUUGGCUACAUCGUGGCGUUCCGAGCCAAUGGUACGCGAGGCUGGAAGGAGAAGAUGGUGACAUCAGCAGAUUCCACUACAUACAAGUACAGAGACGAGACCUUCCCUCCCCUCACACCCUUCGAAGUGAAAGUGGGCGUGUACAACAACAAGGGAGACGGACCCUUCAGUGGUGUGGUCACUGUGUACUCUGCAGAGGGAGAGCCCAGGGACGCCCCAUCUGAGGUGAAAGCUUCCAGCAUUUCCUCUAAGGAAAUUAAGGUCACUUGGAGACAGAUCAACCCUGGUCCUGGGAGACCACAGGGAUACGAGGUGAGCUACAGGAAGGACAGUGAGCAGGAGGAGUCAGGGAAGAAGAAGAAGACAGCAGGUAACGAGACAUCUAUGGUGCUGACAGGGUUGGAGGGGAACAGUGUGUACGUCAUCACAGUCAGAGGCUUCAACAGUAUCGGCCAGGGCCCUGCAUCAACCGCUAACACCGCCAAGACCAAGAAAGAUCCUCCAGUCCAGCCUCCAGCCAACCUCAUGUGGAUUCAGGAAGGAACUAACGUGUCUCUAAACUGGGAGCCGGUCAAGUCUAAAGACAACGAGUCAGAUGUCAUAGGAUACAAGGUGUUAUUGAGCCAGGAGGGGCGUGUCCACCAUCAGGUAAUGAGGACCAUCACCCCUCGGCUGUCCUCUCUCUCCCCUGAGGGGGCACAUACAUCAUUGAGGUGCGGGCAGUGAGUGAGGGGGAGAGGGAGCAACCAGCUCCCAGGUCAGAGUACUCACCUCUUCAGGUGUCCGAGCGAAGAGUGGCCAGUGUUCGGUUCACAGCCUGCUACCGUGGGGCCUGCCAUGGACUACUGCUCUGCUCCUCUCCUUUCCUCUGGUGCCUUCAGCUUCCUGGUGAGGCCUACAAAGAGAGACCUCCUCCCUCGCUCCUCCAUCCCGCCAUCCUCCUAUACAUGGAGGGACCUCUUUCAUCCCUCCCUUCCUCAGACGGUCUGUUUUCUCUGACCUUAUCCAUAAGCCAACCAGGCCUGGGGCCUGCCGAGGACAUCCAUUUUUGACACCAACAAACCAAUGGAUGGUCAAAAAAUAACAUUAAUUUAUUUUAUUUAAGUAUACAUUUUUCAGGAGCUGAACUAAACAUUAUUUGUGAGAACAUGUUUUUUUUGCACUUUUUUCCCAACAUCACUUGUGUUGUACUGUAACUGUACAUUGUUGUGGAAAUGCUUUUUGUUUAAUAAUUUAUGUGCGCCCCACAGGGCACCCUAUUCCCUGUAUAGUGCCCUAUGGGCCUGGUCAAAAGUAGUGCACUAUGUAGGGAAUAGGGUGCCAUUUGGGAAGCAUAUUACUUUAACUUUAUGGGCCGUUGUUUUCUUACCUGUCGACUGGCCUCUAACUGCUUCCAGGCGGUCAAAGCCAUGAGGCUCUAUAGAGUGUGAACAAUUCCCUGAAAGCUGCUGCUGAGGCAGUUUGGCUGUCUGGCUGUCUCUGUCCGACUGUCUGGCUGUCUGUAAGGCUGUAAUACUGGGAUCAGCCUGAUUCAGCCUCUCUUCUCAUUAGUUAUCUGUAUCCAUGUAGUCCUUGGAUGCCUUACAAGCAGCAGCUCAGUAGAGAUCAGUGUUUCCUUAUUCAUACAGAGUGAAGUGAAAGAAUAAACAUGUUUUAUAGUACCCAAGAAAUGUUACUACUUCCAGACUAGCUUUUUGUACAUUGUGUUACCUUUAGAAACAAAACAAAAAAGUGAGUGGUGUGUGUUUCAGCUAGGUCACGGUUUCUGUUUUUCUGAUAGCAAAGAGCAAUGCUUUUCAACACAUGUGUUGGACUGAUGGAUGUAUCAGAGGUAAGGUGAGGCAGGUAUACCUGUCCUCACCUGUAGUGCAGGUAUACCUGUCCUCACCUGUAGUGCCCAAACACACCUUUAGACAAAGACUUGAUAAGUCUGUGGAGACUCAUUGGUGUCAGUACAAAUAAAUGUGAUGUAUAUUUUUUAAA